AGGAAAAGAAAACCCAAAGAAGGCCCGGAUCUCCUCCUCGUGAGCGGCCCCCAUCUUGACUCCUCGCGUGAGCCCGUGGUCCGUGGUGGCGCACCGGAUCUGGUGAAUCGCAGACGAGGCGGAGUGGCAGGCUACAGGCGGGUGGCGGCGCUGGCACCGGCGCGGUGAGCAGCUCCGGCGCAAGCGGGCGCAGCCAAAUCGAGGAGAGGGGGCAGCGGCAUGGUGGCGCGGGCGCCGGCUAGGGCUAGGGACAGUUGCUCCAGCGCAGUGCGCGCGCGGCAGGCUGCUGAGGCAGCCAGAGCCAGCAGGUUAUUCCAAUCCCCCAUCCGGGUAGUGCUAGUGGCAAGUGACAACGCUUUUCAGCAAGUUAUACCUCUAACAUUUCAGAAUCUGUUUUUGUGGAACUUUGAUGCUUUCUGCAGAAGCAGCUCAGAGAUAAUUUCAUACAGUGUGAUAUACAAUACUUUUCUCAUGAAUUUCUUAAACUAUUAAGGAUUGAUGCACAUCUUUGCACUGGUAGAUGUUAGGUAUUAGUAUUGUCUAUAAUUUUGUCUACGUCGUAGCGAAUUCCCAAUAGGUCAGCAUUUUCUGGUAGACAGCUUAAAAAUGACUCAGGAACUACACAUGCCAGCAGAAAAUCCAAUGUACAAAUUUGCUUGGCUCAUUCUAUUUCUAAAUCUGAGCUGCUUUACAUUUCAGAGUUAUUGAAUUAUUGCCGUGAAUUUGGAAUGAGAAUGUGACAAUUCCUGUUUUGUGUUUAUGACACUAACUCUUUUCCUCCUAUCCUGUUAUGAUGUUCUUCUCAGGUCUAAAAGAUAAAAUAUAAGCAUAUAAGCUGGUGCUUGUUCCUGCUUGUAAGUGCUAAGUUUCAGUAUGCAAUUUUUUUUGUUUAAGUGAUAUUAGCUAGCUUCUAUGUUGUAGUAUAUGACAGUAUGAAUGCAUGUGGAGUUCUCUACAACAGGGAAGCUUACUAUGCAACAAGAUGGUCCUCCUGUAACUAUCCAGUAAAUCAUUUUUGUUGGCUCCCUUUGAUUGACUUCCUUCUUUACAGUCAGAGCUGAUCAUGAAUACUACUCAGAAAGUUGAUCCAGUGGAACCAUCUGCUAAGGUUUUCAAACAAGCAUCACAGUUCAAAAGAUGGGGGCGAAAACAUCCUUUUGUUCGAUAUGGGUUACCACUCAUUUCCUUGACAGUGUUUGGUGCAGUUGGGCUGGCGCAUCUUAUACAGGGCAGCAAAGAAGUAACAAAGGAAAAGGAGGAUAUCGAAUGGGAGGUGGUAGAAACAACAAAAGCUUUAAGCCGAACAGGGCCAGUGGAAGGGGCCUAUAAACCAAAGAAACUCUCUCUAGAGGAUGAACUGAAGGCUCUGCAGCAAAAGGUUGACAUAAACAGCUACGACUACAAGCCGAUUCCAAGACCCAAUGAAAAAUAAGUGAAGUAUAGCAUAGCAUCAUUUACCAGCACCAGGAAUUCAGGAGUGGAAGUUUUCUUGAUAGUUUCUUCGUGUUGUUGUUUCAAAAGUUCCGUACGAUUGUAUGGUGCGGACCAAAAGUAUGAGAUUAGAAGAGAAUGCUCCAGCACUGUGUCACCAGAACUUAUCUUUCUGCUCCAUUAGCCACCAGUUGUAGUCUGGUAGAGAAUUACGGCGAUCAUACGAGUGAAUAAGUUGUCAACAGACAUGCAAGUGAAAUAUCACACUUCGUGUAUGAGUUUCUUCUUGGAAGAUAUUUUGAACUCUUCUGUUUGGAUUUA